UUUCAAGGAUUAUUGAUUACUGAAUUCACAAAUCACAAUUGAAUUUAAAAAAAGAGAAGUAAAGUUAACCUUACUCAUAGUUGUUAGUUACAGUUAUAUAUUAGAAAAAAUAGAAGAAAUCAUGUCGAAGCCGGUGGAUUUAGAAUUAAAAAAGGCAUUUGCCGAACUCCAUGUGAAAAUGCUUGAAACAAGUAAGAAAAUACAAGUAAUUGAUACACAAAUGGAUGUACUAAGACAGGUCAUGCGACAUGUUGAAAUCACCCAACAUGAAUUGGGCGCUUUACCACCUGGUACAAAAACUUACGAAACCGUCGGCAGAAUGUUCCUUCGUACGGACUUGGAUGACGUUAAACGAAAUCUCAAGAACAAGGUGAAUAAUUUCCACUCGCGAACCGACGAACUUCGAGAGAACAAGUAUUAUUUGGAGAAAAGUCUAAAAGAAAGCCAAGACAACCUCAGGGAAAUGGUGCAACAGAAAAAGGAAAUGGGUGAAAAGGCUACAUAAAUCCUAGCUAGUAAAACGAUCAUCAGUUCUUACGAUUUGGUCAUCACAUUUGAGGCAGAUAUGCAACUACAUGACAUUAUAUUUUAUUUAACUAUUCGAAAAAUAACAACUAAAUUGAAAUCAUUGUAACUCACAAACUGGAUUCCAAAAUCGAGCACGGUUUAUUUCAAUUCAUCAGCCUACAAUUUUCUCCAGGUUUAUUUAAAGACGAUGCCUCAAGUUCUUCAUUUAUUUCUACUCUCAUUGCAUAUAAUUCUAGUUAUUAAUGAUUACUUACAUUAUUUGUAUAUUAUUUAUUAAUAAAGAGUAAUUAAGAA